AUGUCUGAUUCCAUAGAUCGUGUAUUUGUGAAAGCAAUAACCACCAUCCGUGCGCUUUCCUCGCGCUCCAAUCACGGCCUGUUACCCCGUCCACCCGCCGAAAGCAGAAUCAAGCUUUAUGGCCUCUACAAACAAGCAACGGAAGGCAAUGUCCAGGGCAUCAUGGCGAGACCGGAAGGUCACACACUUGAAGAUGAGGGCGCCAAAAAGAAGUGGGAUGCCUGGAAGCGUGAAGAGGGUCUCCCACGAACCGAGGCAAAGCGCCACUACAUUCUGUAUCUUAUCGACACCAUGAAGGUGUAUGCCAGUGGUACAGUGGAGGCACGCGAAUUACUUAAUGAGUUGGAGUACUUGUGGGACCAAAUUAAGGACGUAGACUACCUGGAUGAGGAUCCACGCCCGACAUACCCAUACAAUGUGGCUCCGCUGGUGGUGUCCAACUUGGAUCAGUCGGAUCGACUCUCUACCGCCACGCCUUGGCCGUUGCAGAGCAACUACUCGGCGCUGGCUACAAAUAACCAGUACAGAAGCAACUUGGAGCAGAUCUAUCUGCAUCUGCGUAGAAACACACAGCUUUCUUUGAAUGAGUAUAUUCAGAAAGGAAAGAAACCUGCGUCCGUUUCGGCAUUCACCGGUUCUCGCAACCGGGUGGACAUGCCCGCAUCUACCAUUGAGGACUUUCGGGCGUGGCAGGGCGAGAUCAAUCUGAUCAUCAACAAGAUCAGCAAGGAGUAUGUGACAAGAAAUAACGGCAUGGGGCUCGUAGAUCCCUUCAACCACGAAUCUGAUCUGGAAAGCGAGGUGGAUCCUCGAGAGCGUAUGAAGAGGCGCAUUUAUUAUGUACUUCGUACCAUCGGAUGGCAGAGUUUGCGCUUCUUGAAGAAUUUCUCCAUCAGUUUACUAGCUAUUUUCUUUGUGGUGUGGUGUUUCAAGAAGAAUGUGGUGGUUAAACGUACGGUAGUGAAGAAUCAUGAUGGUUCACGACCUAAGAAAGAGCUUAUCAUCAACAUGAUAGUUCCUGACGAAAACAGGUGGUUCAUCCGCUUGCUUCAGCUUAUCAAUGGGUUCGUUGGGUUUGUGUAG